AUGAAUGGUCUUUCAAAACCUGGCCAAUACACGAAUACGAACGAUUUCAGGAACGAUGAUCCGGUAUGGAGCCAUGGUUCUUCAGAGUAUUGCAGUCGUGUAUCCAAGGAUGUUCCCUUCCGACGGGUAGCAGAAAGCUAUAGUAAGGUCUUACCCUUGGGACGACGUUCUAGCAUUGGGAAUAGGACUAGAACAGGGACCGCCUUCUUGUGGCCUACUUACGGAGAGUGCGGAGAAGACGCAACCGCAGUAGUUGAUGGUGAUCUCGAUCCUUGUAUACGCAAUAGUACGAGCAGCAACGGUAGAAGGAAUGGUAAGGAAGCGAAGUUCAAUCUCGGGAGAGGGAAGGUUCAAUUGACGACAUUCAACUUGCGGAAUGGAAUAAAGGCUGUAAAAGAACUGGGGGAUAAAGGCUGGUGCGUACGUUCACAUAGCUUUUUGUCUCACGACCCGACGGGUUCAAGAGGGAGAUCGACCGGAAACGAUGACUUCACCUUUCAUUCUUUUUAUUCCUUCCCAACGACUGAUUCAUGCCCAACCUUUAUGGCUUCCCCAUUUCUUGCCACCAUAGACGAGACUCCCGAUUCUGCCUAUCCUCGCCUAGUUGAGGGGAGGGAAUCACGGAGAAGCGUUCAAGCCGCAGUAGGAGAUGAAAUCAACUCUUUGGUGUCGGGAGGGGGAAGGGAGAUAGAAAAUGAGAAUUCACCGAAAGAGGAUACAGUGCCAAAUAGGCUAUGGCAUAGAGGUCAACCCUCAACAAGGGACAGAAGCGGGUCUGGUUCAUGA